CUCUCUGUUAGUUCUCCUCGCGAGUAAAACAAAUACUGGUUGUCUUCUCCUCUUUAUGUCAUUGUGUGAAUUAAUGUCUGUUCCUACUUAGACCUGACAGUGGCUGCAGUGUGAAAAUGUCUGCAAGGACCACAGCAAAGUACGUGGAGGAAAAGGACUGUAGUCGUCGACAACUGGAAGAUCUUCGGCUGCAGCCGUAUGUUGUGUUUCGCAGAGCAGACAUCAAUGAAGCUAUUCGUCCUAAGCAGCAGGAGCCAGAGCGCACUCACAUUAAAGAGGAAGAUGUGGGCAAAGAGGUCCAUCACUUCAAUGAAAAAAUGGAGCAGAAGUUUCUUUGCACCAUAAAAGAGGAGGAAGAGCCGGAGCGGCCUUGGAAUAAAGAGGAGGGAGAAGACUCCUGCGACAUUAAAAAGGAGGAGGAGGAGGAUACCUGCAAGAUGCCAUGGACUGGUGUUCCUGUGAAGAGUUUAGAUGAGGGUCAACAUGAGGUGAGCAAAGGGGCAGAGCCUCCAAGCUGCAGCUCAAAUCAAGGUGAUGGAGACCACUGUGGAGGAUCACAAGCAGCUCCACCAUCAGAUAGUGAUGGCAUGUCAUCACAUGUUCCUGCUGAUGAUGAGUCUCAAACCAACAGGAGAAUGCACACAAGAAAGAAAAACUUUUCCUGCUUAGAUUGUGGCCAAAAAUUCUCUUGGAGGGAACAUUUAAAAAAGCACACAAGAAUCCACACUGGCGAGAAACCUUUUUCAUGCUCAGUUUGUGGCCAGAAAUUCUCUGGCAAGGGAAACUUAAAAAGUCAUUCAAGAAUCCACACUGGCGAGAAACCUUUUCCAUGCUCAGAUUGUGGCCAAACAUUCUCUCAGAGGGCAAAUUUAAAAAAGCACACAAGAAUCCACACUGGUGAAAAACCGUUUUCAUGCUCAGUUUGUGGCCAAACAUUCUCUGACAAGGGAAACUUAAAAAGGCACACAAAAAUCCACACUGGCGAGAAACCUUUUUCAUGCUCCGUUUGCUGCCAGAAAUUCUCUGACAAGGAAAACUUAAAAAUUCAUACAAGAAUCCACACUGGCGAGAAACCUUUUUCAUGCUCAUAUUGUGGCCAAAAAUUCUCUCAUAGGGCAAGUUUCAAAAAUCACACAAGAAUCCACACUGGUGAAAAACCUUUUUCGUGCUCAGUCUGUGGCCAAAAAUUCUCUCACAAGGGAGGUUUAACAAUGCACACAAGAAUCCACACUGGCGAGAAACCUUUUUCAUGCUCCGUUUGUGGCCUAAUUUUCUCUCAGAGGGGAAGUUUAACAAUCCACACAAGAAUCCACACUGGCGAGAAACCUUUUUCAUGCUCCGUUUGUGGCAAAAAAUUCUCUCUCAGGGGAAAUUUAAAAAAGCACACAAGAAUCCACACUGGUGAGAAACCUUUUUCAUGCUCAUUUUGUGGCCAGAAAUUCUCUGGCAAGGGAAACUUAAAAAAGCACUCAAGAAUCCACACUGACGAGAAACCUUUUUCAUGCUCAGUUUGUGGCCAGAAAUUCUCUGGCAAGGGAAACUUAAAAAAGCACACAAGAAUCCACACUGGCGAGAAACCUUUUCCAUGCUCAGAUUGUGGCCAAAAAUUCUCUCAGAGGGCAAAUUUAAAAAAGCACACAAGAAUCCACACUGGUGAAAAACCGUUUUCAUGCUCAGUUUGUGGCCAAACAUUCUCUGACAAGGGAAACUUAAAAAGGCACACAAAAAUCCACACUGGCGAGAAACCUUUUUCAUGCUCCGUUUGUGGCCAGAAAUUCUCUGACAAGGAAAACUUAAAAAUUCAUACAAGAAUCCACACUGGCGAGAAACCUUUUUCAUGCUCAGAUUGUGGCCAAAAAUUCUCUCAGAGGGCAAGUUUAAAAAAGCACACAAGAAUCCACACUGGUGAAAAACCUUUUUCGUGCUCAGUCUGUGGCCAAAAAUUCUCUCACAAGGGAGGUUUAACAAUGCACACAAGAAUCCACACUGGCGAGAAACCUUUUUCAUGCUCCGUUUGUGGCCAAAUUUUCUCUCAGAGGGGAAGUUUAACAAUGCACACAAGAAUCCACACUGGCGAGAAACCUUUUUCAUGCUCCGUUUGUGGCAAAAAAUUCUCUCUCAGGGGAAAUUUAAAAAAGCACACAAGAAUCCACACUGGUGAGAAACCUUUUUCAUGCUCAUUUUGUGGCCAGCAAUUCUCUGGCAAGGGAAACUUAAAAAAGCACUCAAGAAUCCACACUGACGAGAAACCCCUUUCAUGCUCAGUUUGUGCCCAAAAAUUCUCUGAGAAUGGAGCCUUAAUAGGUCAUACAAGAACCCACACUGGUGAGAAACCUUUUUCAUGCUCAAUUUGUGGCGAAAAAUUCUCUGACAAGGGAAACUUAAAAAGGCACACAAGAAUCCACAUUGGCGAGAAACCUUUUUCAUGCUCAGUUUGUGGCCAGAAAUUCUCUGGCAAGGGAAACUUAAAAAAGCACUCAAGAAUCCACACUGACGAGAAACCCCUUUCAUGCUCAGUUUGUGCCCAAAAAUUCUCUGAGAAUGGAGCCUUAAUAGGUCAUACAAGAACCCACACUGGUGAGAAACCUUUUUCAUGCUCAAUUUGUGGCGUAAAAAUUCUCUGACAAGGGAAACUUAAAAAGGCACACAAGAAUCCACACUGGCGAGAAACCUUUUUCAUGCCCAGUUUGUGGCCAAAGAUUUUCAUUAAAGAGAACCUUAAAAAGUCAUACAAGAAUC